AUGGCCAAUGAAGCGAGACCUUGCCCAUGUGACAUUGGAGACAGGUUUGAGUAUGGGGGCCUUGGGCGUGAAGUACAAGUUGAGCACAUCAAGGCGUAUGUUUGCAAACCAUCCACCAGCACGGAAAAAGCUGUGAUUGUGAUUCAAGAUAUAUUUGGAUGGCAACUUCCAAAUACCAGAUACAUGGCUGAUAUGCUUGCAGCUAAUGGAUACAUAGCCAUCUGCCCAGACUUCUUUGUGGGACAAAAACCUUGGGAACCUUCUGAUGACUGGUCCACCUUUAAUGACUGGCUGAAAACUCGAGAUGCCAGCAAGGUAAACAGGGAAGCUGAUGUUGUCUUGAAGUAUCUAAAGGAGCAAUGCAAUGCAAAGAAGAUCGGUGUCAUUGGAUUUUGCUGGGGUGGAAUGGCUGUACAUCACUUGAUGCUGAAAAAUCCUGGAUUAAAAACUGGGGUGGCCAUAUAUGGAGUAAUAAAGUACUUUGAGGAUAGAUACAGUUUGCUCCACCCCACAUUCUUCAUUUUUGGUGAAAAUGAUGAUUACAUCCCUCUUGAACAAGUCACCCUACUGGAGCAGAAACUAAAACAACACUGUAAAGUUGAUUACAAAGUUAAAAUUUACCCUGGACAAACUCAUGGUUUUGUACAUCGCAAGAGAGAAGAUAUGAACCCUCAAGAUAAACCUUACAUUGAAGAAGCAAGAAAGGACAUGCUCAACUGGCUAAAUAAAUACCUUUAA